CUGGGAGAGGAAGUUGAGCGGUUCCCGCCGGACGCGUGAGCUGUGCUGCCUGCAGGUUAUCGCGUGUUUGCGCUGACGAAAAUAGUCGCGUGAAGAGAAGCAUUCGUAUUGAGGUAUAAGUUUCAGAGAAAAACAGACGAUCCCAUUGGUUUGUGAGAAGAAUCUGACCAUGACAAUAGUGGUUCUGCGUUUGCAAGGUUUAAACACAGAGGCAGGACCUGAAGAUAUCAGAAGUUUUUUCCAUGGCUUGCACAUACCCACGGGUGGUGUGCAUAUUCUUGGUGGUGAGAUGGGUGAAGCUUUCAUCAUUUUUAAUUCAGAGAAAGAAGGCCAACUAGCCAUGCGCUACUCUGGAAAACUCCUCAGAGGCUCUUCUAUUACAUUACAUAUUAGUAGCCUGGCUGAGUUCAAGAGAAAAAUGGAGUCAAGUCUGAAUAAACCAAAGUCCACAGCACUGGAGACUAAAAUAGUGCCAUCAUCCCCACCAGACACCAGCAGAGCUCUUUUGCUUAGUCUAAUGACUGCCAUUCAAGGACCGGUUUCAAAUGACAAAGUGGAUCAAUGCCAAGCGCCUGGAAAUUUCAAACAAAAUGCUGCAGAAACACAUAAAUGGUCCUCAACUGACAACCGAGCAAAUACAGAUGCUCAGCAGGACAUAAAUCAUGACAUGGCUUCCAAAGAACACAAGAGCAGAGGAGAAAACCUCAAUUCUUCUAAACCGGGCUACCUUCGGCUUUAUGGAUUUCCUGACUCUGUUGCCAAGCAAGAGGUCUACCAGUUUCUACUGGGACUCCCAGUGUUGGAGGUCAUCACAAAUGUUCGACUGCAACUGGGCUGGUGCUGUCUGGUGAAGCUGACCAGUUUUUCAGAUGCGGAGGAGGGGCUGAAAUACAGCCAUAGAAAAUUCAAAGAAUACAAUGUUGAGGUCAGACUUGCCCAUGAGAAGAUGUGGAUGGAUGCUGUGGAGCAGUCCAAAAAUUGCACGCAAAACAUCAAACCUCACACUUUCUCAGAACAAAGAGAAGUUAAUACAGAAAGAAAUGCAAUGAGAAGUUCCUCAGCCAAAAGAAGUGCAGAGGAGCAGCCCAAUUCUGGAUCUCCAAAAAAAUACUGCCGGAACUUUCCAUCCCCUCAAACGGAACACAUUGUUAUUGUCAAUAAUCUUUCAAAGAACAUAACCAAGACGGAGAUCAAGGAGAUUUUCCGCUGUCACGCAAUCCCAAACUACAGAAUUAAGCAUUUAUUAAACAAGUAUGCAGAGAGAACAAGCACCGCGUUCAUCACCUUCGAGCAUGAGGAAGACUAUGCCUCAGCUCUGAACAUGAAUGGCACAACUGUUGGCUUAAAGAACAUCGAAGUGUCACCCAUUACUAAAGUAGAAAUGAUCGCUAUACUCGGCAGAAACCGAUGUGCUAAAGGCUGGAGGCCGCCGCCUUAUGGAAACGCACAUCUAACCAUGUCAUGUGUAUAUGCACGCAAUUUUCGUGCAGAUGUUAGGAAAGAAGAAGUGAAAGACUUUUUCAUGAAAUUUAACAUCUGCGAUGAUGCAAUCAUAUUGCUUGUGGACAGCCAGGGCAAAGGUGUCGGCGAAGCCAUCGUCCAGUUCGAAUGUGAGAAAACGGCCAAACAUGCCCAGAGGCUUCAUGGAAAGUUUUUCAUGGGAGCAAAAAUUCUACUCACUUGUAUCACACGUCAACAGAAGGAGAAGAUACUUGGUACACGGUGAACAACUGGAGAUGUAAGAUAUUCUCAGUACCACCAGAAGUGGUGUAAACAAAGACAAUUAAUUCAUUUGAAGGACAGUGUAAUUCAUUCAUUGAUCAUUUAGCUCUGUGAGCUGUACAUAAACUUUUUCAAGCAAUGUGCUCAAGUGAUUAUGGGUACAACAAUGUGAAGAGUAAAACCACAUGAAAGGAGUGCACCUAAAAAAAAAAAAAAAAGAAAAAGAUAUUGUAUUUCAAACAAU